AUGGCUUCAACCCUUGUGACCACAACAGUAGUCGGUCUGCUGCUUGCCUUGUUGUGGUUUCUCAACCCUAGCUAUGACCCAAAGGAGCCUCGUCCUAUCUCUCACACGAUCCCAAUCCUGGGGCACGCCAUAGCCUGGGCCAAAGAUCGUCGAGGUUUUUUCAUUUGGGGAGAACGUCGAGGAAACAAUAAGCCAUACUCCAUGCUUCUAGCCGGACGUAAACACUAUGUCUUCAGCAAUCCUGCCGACGUCGCAACACUGUUUCGCAAAGCCAAAGUCAUGAGCAUUGCACCCUUCAUUCGGAUCUUGAGUGUCACACUCUUCGGAUACACCAAGUCAGAAACCACCCGUCUGGAGGGCCUUCAUGACUCAAUGCAUGCACUCUACAACAAGCAUCUCCUGAAUCCAGAACAGUAUACUCUAGUAGUAAUCGCAUACUUCAAGGAUCUUCAGGAGCGCAUGCGCCACCUUUCGGAUGAGGUGCGCGCCAGCGAGAAGGGCACUCUUCGCGUGGAUGCAUUCCAACUGCUACUCGACACUCUAGCGAAAGCAAGUACAACGGCCUACUUCGGCCGGAAACCAUUAGACGCCAAUCCAGACAUGACCACAGACAUGGACACUUUCGUAGCCAAAGGCUUCUGGCUCUUCCUCUCCGGCGUGCCCGCCAUGUUUGUCAGAAAUGCCGAUAAGGCGCGUAAGCGAAUCAUGGCAGCCAUGCUCACCGGUGUCGUCGACGAUGCAACCGCCCAAGAUCGCGACGAUGUCUCUGCCUUCACCCGCGACCAGAUCGCACUCACCAAAACAGUCCUCAGCGAUAAAGGUGUUGCAACGCAGCAAUUUAGUUUUCUGUUUGGUCUCACCUCCAACUCCACGCCCUCGACAUACCUCACCCUCCUGCACAUCCUUUACGUUCCUGGGCUCGUAGAUGAUUUACGCGCCGAAAUGAACGCGUCCGGGUUUUCUGCCGCCCCUGACUCCGAAAAAUACAAAUUCGUUCCCCACGGUCUCCCGCUUCUCCGCUCAUGCUACUUCGAAGCCAUCCGCAUGCACACCGUCAGCGCCUCCAUUCGCGAAGUCCUCGAAGAGACAUCAAUCACUACGAAGCCCGCCGGACCUGACCAACAACCGCGCACCUACACGCUCAAGAAGGGCGGUGUGGUAAAUAUGCCUUCUUCCGCUUUGCAUUACAAUGAGAAAAUCAACCCGCAGCCGGAGACGUUUAUACCGAGGCGAUUUGUGAGUAAGGAGGAUGGGGGCAUGGGGCAGAAUCCGCAGACGUCGACCAGGGGUUUUGGAGGGGGAAGUUCGUAUUGUCCCGGCAGAAUUUUCGCGGAGAGGCAGAUUGUGGGGUUUGUGGCUACUCUGUUGCAGGGUUUUGAUGUUGAAGUGGUGGAUGGGGAGAAGUGGAAGUUCCCGAAGAGUGCGGAGUUUGAUGAUGUUUCGAAUAGUCCGAGGGCUAUGCUUAGCCUUAAGGCGAGGGAUGGAAGGGCGAUGUGA